AUUUUUUUUUCUCAGGUGGUGAAGGUUUGCUCCUUCCUCUCCCUGAGUUCACAACUUUAGCCUGUGACAGAGACAUCACUGUCUCACUGAUAACAUGGAGCAGCUUAAUGUUUGCACACUACACACACACACACACACACACAACACACACACACACAGGGAAGCAAAGGAUUACAAAGGCACAGAGACCCACAUGCUGCCCUGGGAUGGAGACGAGACAACUGAAGAAAAGGAGAACACAAGGUACAUGUAGCUAUGACCAAGGGAGCUGUGCUGAAAAUGAAGCCCCGGCAGAACAACCUGGCGGCAGCUCCAGUCGUCCUCUCUCUGCUCUGGUUCGUCUCUAUGUGUAUGCACUGCACGGCUGCCUGUGUGAGGUGGCCUUCACUGCUGUGUGCGACUGGUGCAGCACGCAAGACAGGAGGCUGGCAGGUCACACCAGCCUGUGGGCGCUGCCCAUGUACGCCACCGCAAUCUACCUGAUGGAGGGCCUGAGAUCGUGGCUGCUGGCUCAGCAUCAGCCACUGCCUGUGCGCCUGACGGCCUACACCCUCUUCAUCUACUUUUGGGAGAUGAGCUGGGGGGCAGGCCUGAGGCUCCUGAGGGCCUGUCCCUGGGACUACUCGGGUUAUAGGUACAAUCUGGGAGGACUGGUGACCCUGGAGUACGCACUACCCUGGGCUGUGGCAGCAUUCAUAGCAGAGCAGCAUGUGAUCAGGAACACCCUGAGGAUAAGACUGCACUAGUGAAGUGAUGUCAGUCUGGAGUUAUCUCAUAUGUCCCAAAUGAGUUUUGGACAUUUGGGGAAAAUAAGCCCAUUUUCUUUCUUGCCAGGAGUUGGUUGUGAAGACUGGAAGCACUCUCAUAUCUGUUUCAAUA